AAAAGGAGCCAGAAACUCAGCAAAUCCUUCAGUUGAGGGAGGACACACCGCACAGAGGUUUAUCUCCAUGGAGAAAGCCACUGACAAGCUAAACAAUGAAAAUGGAUCAACAGCUCCCAGAGUACCACAGGCUGGAAAGGACAGUCCUGUGCCCACUGCGGAAGGUGCUGCAGAAAUGAGCAGAGCAGAACUCCUAAUAGAAAACGCUGCAGACGUGAAGAGGCUGGAAUUCACUGAAGAAUGUAUUACAGAAAUGGAGACACCUUCAGGCACAGAGCGAGACAGUCCUGAUGCCUUUAAACCAGCAAUUUUGGAAAGAGACUGUCCAAAUUCAAAUCCUCUCAUUAUGCUAACAAACUCAAACUCUCCCGAAGUAUUCGGUUUUGAAAUGAACCACCAGCGUUCAACCACAACAUCUGUUGAUAUGGACUGCCUAGUCUGCUUCAACAAAUACAACAUCUACAGAGUACCAAAGCUCCUGGACUGCGGGCAUGCCUUCUGCGCAGUCUGCCUCAAGCUUAUCCUCAGCAAAGAAGAGAGUACCUGGAUAAUCACCUGCCCCCUGUGCAGAAAAGCUACUUUUGUGUCAGGAGGACUCAUCCGCACACUUCAAAAUAAAGAUGACGUCAUGGAACACUUGGAAAACCUUGAUUCAAAUCCUGAGGUACGUAUCUCUGCCAUAGGGCUGGACAGCAAUAGCUGGACUCAGACCAGCCAAGAUGCUUUACAUGGAGAGGAAAAUCUUCUGGUAGACAACAGACUAGCUGUCCAGAGACUCGUGCUGCUCCUGCUGCUCGUGGUGAUUCUCACUAUCCUCAUCCUCCCGUUUAUAUACUCUGGGCUGAUAAAAUGGGUAAUUUGUCUCAUGCUUACUUUGGGGUUGGUCAUGUCUAUGGUGCUUUGCUGCACUCCUAAGUUCUGCUGGAGGUGUAACAGGGACUCAUUCACCUCCUGCCAUAAGCAGACCCACAUCGCUGCUAUUGCCUGAAACAAUUAACGUGCACUGCCUAAAGACUGGUCCAGCCUGCAAAGCUGCAUGUUAGGCGUGCUAGUCAGUUACUGGACUUUGAAAGCAAUCAUUCACAUAGUAAAUUCAACAGGUGGCUAAGAUGGCUCAAUGGCAAUGCAAAGUGUUGUUAAAUUUCAUCACUGGAAGCAUAGUAAAAUAUUUGUAUGUUGAUAUUUAGGACAUAAAAAUUGUAGGGUUUCCACACAAUUUUUAUCCCAGACUAAUAAUUUUGCUGGUUUGCUUUUGUCAUUUUGUUCUUGUUCGUGCUAUCUCCUGAUUAGUACUGCAGAACAUUAUCUGAAACACCUCACAGAUGAUGUCCUGUGAAAAUCCCUUGCUGUAGUUGUGUUUCCCACUCUCUUAACGGAUGUACACCUUUUCUUGUGACAAUGUGGGGAAAUAAGACUGCUGAAUCAGGGACUGGACACCUAGCCUCAAUGGAAGAGAGUCGUUUUAACCCAGGUUAUCACUUUAAUCCCUAUCACUGCCGAAAUGGUUGCUGGGAGGGAUGGGAAAGGGACUGGGAAAAGGGCAUGUCAGUCAAUAGCAUUUUAAGUUACACACAAAAUUGGAGAGGAAGAGGCAAAAUCAACACUCCUAAUCUUGAGUCUGUGGCUUGCAAAGGGCAAGGCUCUCAAAAGCUCAUGACACUCCAAAUUCCCCAUGUUAUUUAGCACAGAAAUAGUUCCUCUCACCUGAACUCCUUUAUCUGGCUACCCGCACCGCCUCUCUUCUUGCCCUUUUUACAUAAAGUGUGACAUUGGCCUUGGAGAUGCCCACAGAGAUAAACAGAAAUCUGUCAGUUGCUAUGCUAUACCACAUGUGAUAUUUUUAUAUGGAAUGUGUCCAUUAAAGUUUA